AGCGCGUGGGUUCGCUCGGGUGACACAAUUAUAACAACUUUAUCUGCGCUCCGAAACGCAUUUUACUCACAAAUCCACAUACAUUGGAUAUUAUUCUUGUUUGUUUGCAUUCAACCAGGAUUGGCAUCACUUGUUUGGGCCUAAAAUGUGACGCUUGUGGAUGUUACCCGGACACCGCUGCUACACUGACUGCCCCUAACAGAUUUACUAUUCCGAAUCGCAUCUUUUUUCAUCUUGUGGGGAAACUUUUGCUCGUUUUUGUUGUCGGUUUUCGCUUGUACGCGUGUGGUUUGGUGGAUAGGUGGACUGGUGCGAGUUUGUGGGCACAUUUUCCAUGCAAUCGUGCGCUGGUGGGGUGUCUGUGGCCGCCGCUGCGAGCUGCACUGCCGUAGCCGCUGCCCGGAGUCUGGGCUCGGGCUCGGCCGCUGCUGCUGCUCCGUGCGGCGCUGGGGCUGGUGGUGGUAGUGAUGAGGAAAACAAAAUGGCGGCGGGAAAAGCGAGUGAAGCCGAAGAGGACUUUCCGACUCUGACAGCGCAGGAACGGGACACUUUAGCCGGGAUUGACAGUUCACUAUUUGGAUUUCAGAAGCUUCAUGAAGAUGGCGCCAGAAAUAAGGCCCUACUAAUAAAGGCUGUGCGCUGCUACGACUCGCUGAUCCUGAAGGCCGAGGGCAAAGUGGAACCGGAGCUGUUCUGUCAACUGGGACACUUCAACCUGCUCUUGGAAGACUAUCCAAAAGCAUUAUCAGCAUACCAGAGGUACUACAGUUUACAGACAGACUACUGGAAGAAUGCUGCCUUUCUGUAUGGCCUGGGAAUGGUCUACUUCCACUAUAAUGCCUUUCAGUGGGCGAUCAAAGCGUUUCAGGAGGUGCUGUACAUCGACCCCGGGUUUUCUCGAGCCAAAGAGAUCCAUCUCCGCCUGGGGCUCAUGUGCAAGGUCAAUACCGACUACGAGUCCAGUCUAAAGCAUUUUCAGCUGGCUUUGAUUGACUCCAACCCCUGCACUUUGUCCAAAGCUGAAAUUCAAUUCCACAUUGCUCAUCUAUAUGAAAUACAGAAGAGAUAUCGAGCUGCUAAAGAAGCAUAUGAGGCACUGCUACAGACAGAGGACCUCCCAGCUCGAGUCAAAGCCACCACUCUGCAACAGCUAGGCUGGAUGCAUCACACGGUGGAGCAGCUCGGUGACCGGGCAACAAGAGACAGUUUUGCCAUUCAGUGUCUGCAGAAGUCCCUCGAGUCCGACCCCAAAUCAGGACAGUCCUGGUACUUUCUCGGCAGGUGCUACUCCAGUAUUGGUAAAGUCCAGGACGCCUUUGUCUCAUAUCGUCAGUCCAUAGACAAGUCCGAGGCUAGCGCAGACACAUGGUGCUCUAUUGGUGUGUUGUACCAGCAGCAGAAUCAGCCGAUGGACGCGCUUCAGGCUUAUAUCUGUGCAGUGCAGUUGGAUCACAGUCAUGCGGCGGCUUGGAUGGAUCUAGGGACUCUGUACGAAUCCUGUAACCAACCACACGACGCCAUCAAGUGCUACAUCAACGCCACAAGGAGCAAAGGGUGCACCAACAUCGCAGCUCUGACACACAGAAUCAAGUGUCUGCAGGCUCAGUUGAGUUCCCCCCAGCUCAGUAACCUUCAGAGUAAAACUAAAAUGCUGCCCCUUAUUGAGGAGGCUUGGAGUCUGCCCAUCCCUGCAGAGCUCACGUCCAGACAGGGACCAAGCAAUGCUCCGCCGCAGGCUUGUAAACCGAACCACAGCACAGAGGGAGGGGGCUCUGGUCCCACUCUGCCCCCCCACGUCAGCCCUCUGUCCCAGGCAGACGAAUCCUGUCCGGCCAAGAGGAGGAGGGUCGGUAGUCCAGCCAAGGAAGUCCCCAACUGGUAUCUUUCUCCACAAAAACUACAGUUGUUGGAGCAGCUGAGAGGAAACCGGGCCAGUCUUAAACCUCCUCAGUUACAGAUGUUGGAACAGCUCGAGGCUCAGCUCAACAUGAUGCACCAACACCAGAUGAGGCAGAACUCUGGCCAUGUUCGUCCCUCUCUCCCGAAUGGUCCCACCCCUCACCCCCUCCCCUCCCCAAAUCUGCACCGCCUCCCCCAAAGACCCCUCCUCAACGGGCCCCUGGGUGUCCCCCCCUCGGCCCCUAGCAGGAGCAGCAGUAGUAGUAAUAAUAAUAGUAAUAGUAGUAGUAGUAAUCAGACGGAUGGGGACGUGCCUUAUGUACAGACAGCGGAGGGAGGAGAGAGAGCGCUACCUCAAACCUGCACAAAACCACAGGACACAACGCCAUGCCCCGCCCUCCACCAAAACAACUCUCAGGGGCUUCAGAAAGGCUCAGCUCCAGCCGCUCCCCCCUCCAGCUCGGACACGACCCCCGACCCCAGCUUAGCCCCUCCCACUUCCUCCUCCACUUCCUGCCCAUCGUCCAAUCAGGUCGCACAUUCCACAGACGCGUCAUCGACAUCGUCAUCGCCGCUUCAACCGAAUUCUACCAAUAAUAACACAGUUAACUCAAACCACCUCCCAACUUCCCCUACUCCUUCCUCCUCCUCUUCCUCGGCUACCUCUAGUUCCACAAUUACCGCUACCAAAGACGCUACAAAACCCAACAUAUCGCAUAAAAAUGGCGACGAAGUUAUGAAAUCUCCACUUGCAUCUAAUCAUGUUCAAACUGAAAUGGAAAAAACAUCAUCGGAAAACAGUGAGACAACUGUAACUUUAAGCGCAGACAAUCCACGGCUAUCUGCUUUGUUAGCGGCUAGCAAAGAUGAUACAGAAAACUCGACAAAUUCCCAAGAAGUUAAUAAGAAAGUCAACAAUAUCCAUCCAGGAAUUAAACCAUCAACUCCUCAGGCGCACAGUUCAACGGCUUCUUCCCCAAUAUCUGCAAUGUCCACAGCCACGCCCUCUCCAAAAUCUACAGAGCAGACGGGAGCGCCGAGUCCAGCUAAUUCAAAUACUCCAGCUGUGAAUGGGAAAGGGGGAAUGUCGGAAGAUUCCCAAAGCCCGUCAAAACCAGACCCCCCAGUGGUACCGGGACUGAAGACCACACCCCCACACGCCCACACCUCCAACUCCUCCUCCUCUGUGUCCAUCUACCCCAGCUCUACAGAUGUGCUCAAGGCGUGCAGAAACCUCGGUAAGAAUGGCCUGUCGAAUAGCAGUAUCCUCCUGGACAAGUGCCCUCCUCCUCGACUGCCCCCAGCACCCAGCCCUGCUCUGCCCAAAGACAAGCUCAAUCCCCCCACGCCCAGCAUCUAUUUGGAAAACAAAAGGGACGCGUUCUUUCCUCCACUGCAUCAGUUCUGCACAAACCCCUCCAACCCUGUCACCGUCAUCAGAGGACUCGCAGGCGCACUUAAACUGGACCUGGGUCUCUUCUCCACUAAGACACUGGUGGAGGCAAACCCGGAGCACAUGGUGGAGGUCUGGACUCAGCUGUCUCAGCCUGCAGACGAGAACUGGGACCAGACCGGGACCAAGAAACUAUGGCGAUGUGAGAGUGGGCGGGGCCAUACCACCAUCGCCAAAUAUGCCCAGUAUCAGGCUGCAUCCUUCCAGGAGUCUCUGAGGGAGGAGAAUGAGAAGAAAGCACUAAAGGAGCCGUCAGAUGCAGAGCCAGCCUCAGCAGACAGUGUUGCACGAAAAAGAAGAGGUCCUCUAAAAUACAUUAAGUUUGGGACAAAUAUUGACGUAUCGGAUGAGAAAAAGUGGAAGCAGCAAUUGCAGGAGCUGAGCAAACUGCCGGCGUUUGCUCGAGUCGUCUCUGCCGGAAACCUGCUGAGUCACGUGGGACACACCAUUUUAGGCAUGAACACUGUGCAGCUGUAUAUGAAGGUGCCAGGCAGCAGAAUACCAGGGCAUCAGGAGCACAAUAACUUCUGUGCAGUGAACAUAAACAUUGGGCCAGGCGACUGUGAGUGGUUUGCGGUGCCGGAGCCGUACUGGGGAGUCAUGAGCAACUUCUGUGAAAAAAACAACAUAAACUUCCUGAUGGGUUCGUGGUGGCCUAAUCUCGAGGAUCUCUAUGAGGCAGAUGUUCCUGUGUAUCGCUUCAUCCAGAGACCGGGGGACCUGGUUUGGCUCAACACCGGCACCGUGCACUGGGUCCAGGCCAUCGGCUGGUGCAACAACAUCGCCUGGAACGUCGGCCCGCUCACAGCGCACCAGUACAAGUUGGCGGUGGAGCGUUACGAGUGGAACAAGCUCCAGUCUGUGAAGUCGAUGGUUCCCAUGGUGCACCUCUCGUGGAACAUGGCCCGAAACAUCAAAGUGUCUGACCACAAACUCUAUGAGAUGAUCAAGUACUGCUUGUUGCGGACGCUUAAACAGUGUCAGUGGGUGAAAGAGACUCUGGCUACGGCCGGUAAGGAGACAGUGCUCCGACCGAGAUCCAGAGAUGAACGAGCGCACUACUGUUCUAUCUGUGAGGUGGAGGUAUUUAACCUGCUGUUCGUGCGUCGGGAGCUGCUCUCUAAAGCGCCCCCUGUGGUUCACUGUCAGGACUGCGCUCGUAAAGGAAGCUCUGCCCUCGAUGACUUUGUGGUUCUGGAGCAGUACAGAAUGGACGACCUCAUGCACAUCUACGACCACUUCACCUUAGCUCCUCCUCUGCACUCGUCUUCAUCUUGACAUUAGUCCACGCCUCGUUCAUUCUCUUCAGAGACACUUUUCAACAUUUUCAAACUUUAUUUUUUCAACGCACGAUCAAAAUAUUAACAUCCCAAAACAUGAAAUCACAAAUGUACAACUCAUCCGGAUGCCCCCCCGUCUCCACUCCUCCUCGUACUAAUAUUCAGGAAAUGCCACGGGCCGCUUUGCUCCUAACUUCCUUAUUCUCGUCCAAUCACAGCUCUCCGUUCGAUCGGUGGCCAUUUUGAAACGUUGUCUGUCUAUGCAACCUAUACUUGUUUUUUAAUUUGUUUUCAAAAGUGCUUAAAGACCCUUUUAAACUGGGACAAAGCUACAGGAAAUCUACAGCUUUUUUUGGAUGGACUGCAAAGCCCAAAAUGCUCGGACGCAAUGGAUUAUGGGAAGAUUUGAUACGAUUUGUAGAUAUAUUCAAGACUACUGACUUGACAGCCUAUGUUUUCCUUGUCUUUCUUUUAAGCUUUGUUUAAUGUUUUCGUUCUUACUACUAGCCUCCAUUUUCUAUAGAUAAGUAGUAUUUUAACACUGCAAAAUCGAAAAAAAUUUGUAAUGUGAAACAGUUAAACGCAUUUCUUUUCAAUUUAUUUUUUUUUUUUUUACGAGUUUCUGUUCUGUCGUUUCGUUUCUUAGCUUGAUAUAAAAAAAAUUACAAAAAUUUCAAAAAUAUUACAGCCAAGUUACCAGAAAAUGGGUUGCACAGAAUUUAAACAGAAUAAUUGUGAUUAUUAUUUUUUUUUUUUUUUGGUUUUUAAUCUCGAUGUACAUUUACACUAUUUAUAAAAACGUAUUUAUUGCUUGAAAAUAUUUGUGGAUGGAAUGCUGUUAUUUUUUCCAGAUUUACCUGCCAUUAAAUUUGAAGGAGUUUUGUCAUUUUAACACGACUCCUUUUACAUUUUAUAUAUAUAUAAAUAAAUAAAUAAAUAAAAAUUGCCUAGUGAGCGUUGUACAGAAGAAACGGGACAUUUAAGAUAACGGUUUAUUGUUUUAAGAAUGUUUUAUGACCAGUCAAUAAACACAAAAAGUUGUCAAAUGAAAA